CAGCUUUUGAACAAAUUUCAAAAAUAUUGUGAUAUAUCAAUUUGUUGGAUUUGCGAGUUCGUAAAUUUAAAACUUCAAAUAUGUAAUCUAAAUCAAAUAUCAAUGAUUUUUAAUGGAUUAGUUUGGGUUAGAUCCGUACAUAAUUGGCCCUUACCUAUGAAUAUCCUAAAAAGAGGAAGCAUUUGUCCUUAUAAAAGAAAGUGAUAUCUAUAUAAUUGAAGCACACUUGAAUUCAUAUCUACACUCAAAAUACAUAUACUAGUCACUCAUUUUCUAAACCAUGGAUUUGCAAGAAAACAUUAAUGUUCCACACUUUGUAUUAUUUCCUUUCAUAGCACAAGGUCACAUUAUUCCAAUGAUAGACAUAGCUAAACUCUUAGCACAACAUGGAGCCAUUGUUACCAUUUUCACUACACCCAAAAAUGCAUCACGCUUUACUUCUACUCUUUCUCGUGCUGUUUCCUCUGGCCUUCAAAUCAAUAUUGUAACACUCAAAUUUCCAUCAGAACAAGCUGGAUUACCAGAGGGUUGUGAGAAUUUUGACAUGGUUGAUAUUUCAAAUGACUUGUGGAAUAAUUUUUUCUAUGCAGUUACGUUGCUCCAAAAACCAGCACAGGAAUUGUUUGAUAAAAUGUCACCGAGACCAAGUUGUAUUAUCUCUGAUUUUUGUAUACCUUGGACUUCUCAAAUAGCUGAAAAACAUCAAAUUCCAAGGAUUUCAUUCCAUGGUUUUUCUUGUUUCUGUCUCCAUUGUUUGUUCAAGGUGCGUUCUUCAAAGAUUCUUGAAAGUGUAAGUUCUGAUUCUGAGUAUUUCACUCUUCCUGGCAUACCUGACAAAAUUCAAUUCACCAAAAAGGAAAUUCCAGCAGCAUUAGUAUCGAAACUACCGAAGGAGUUUGUUGAGAAAAUGCAUGAAGCUGAAAUGAGGUCGUAUGGUGAAAUCAUAAAUACUUUUGAGGAAUUAGAGAAAGAAUAUCUUAAUGAUUACAAAAAGGUAAGAAAUGAUAAGGUUUGGUGUGUUGGUCCGGUUUCACUUUGCAACAAAGAUGAUUUAGAUAAGGCUGAAAGAGGUAACAUAGCUUCCAUAAGUGAACAUAAUUGUUUAAAGUUUUUAGAUUUGCAUAAACCAAAAUGUGUUGUUUAUGUUUGCCUUGGAAGUUUAUGCAACUUAGCUUCUUCACAACUUAUUGAAUUGGCUUUGGCAUUAGAAGAAACCAAAAUGCCAUUUAUUUGGGUUAUUAGGGAUAGAACUAAUAUAACUCAAGAUUUGGAAAAGUGGAUUAGUGAUGAAAAGUUUGAGGAAAGGAACAAAGGGAGAGGCCUCAUAAUUAGAGGGUGGGCCCCACAAAUGGUGAUAUUAUCUCAUCCUUCAAUUGGUGGAUUCUUAACACACUGUGGUUGGAAUUCAACACUGGAAGGGAUAAGUGUUGGUGUUCCAAUGAUAACUUGGCCAUUAUUUGGUGACCAAUUUCUGAAUGAGAAGCUUGUGACUCAAGUUUUGAAGAUUGGAGUGAGUCUUGGUGUGAAGGUUGUAAUGGAGUUUGGUGAGGAAGAGAAGUUAGGUAUUGUUGUGAAGAAGGAAAGUAUAAAGGAGGCAAUAUGUAAUGUGAUGGAUGAAGGAGAUGAAGAAAGUAAAGAGAGAAGAGAAAGGGUUAGUGAAUUAAGUGAGAUUGGUAAGAAAGCUAUUGAAAAAGGUGGAUCUUCUUAUAUUAAUAUGGCCUUGCUUAUUCAAGAUAUCAUACAGCUACAAUCAAAACACCAAAGUUGAGACAUGAAGAGACAUCCAAUGUAAAACAUUUGUUCUUUUGAUGUCAUCAGUUGUUUUCUUUUUCUAUUAUUACAUAUUCCAUACUGCAAGCAUGAAGGCAUAUAUGUGUGUUUUAAACAAAACAAAAAAAUUGAAAACUGUCUAAAUACAAGUUAUUCCUUGUAUGUAUGUUUUUUAUCAUGAAAUUGUAAAGGAAUGUAUUAAACUUCCUUUACAAACAUUAGAUGCUAAAUCUGUGGAUCAAUAUAACAGCUCACAACUACCUCUUGAUUCAUCUCUAGUUACAAUGCCUUUCUACACAAGUUAUGCUAUGUUGCACUAGCUCCACUUGAUUCCAUGAUCAUUCGUUUGUUAGAACAGUUACAGGCUGUUAACUUGUUGCUAUAGGUAGUUAGCUAAUGGUUAUUGAUAUUAGGUUGACUCUACAUAAAGAUUUUCCAAUAUAAUACACUCAGAAGCUUGAUGUUUAGCAUAAUGUUGAAUACACAUCAGUGCAGGAUUCUCUGCACUUUCCUUGAUUUA